AUGGCGGACACUUCAUCCAUUGUUCCGCAUAGCGCUGCCCAGCGUCAACCGCAACCUGGCGAGCCUUUGUGCGCGGUCUGCGGUAAAUACGGCGAAUACGUGUGUGAUGCCACAGAUGAAGACGUCUGCAGUCUCGAAUGCCGCGAUCUCUGUAUAUCCAGACACGAGACGAAGCUCCAACAGGAUAGACAACAAGCCCAGCGAUCUGAAGAGCUUCGACGUAAAUUAGGGAUCAAAAUCACCGCUGGAUCUGCCCCUGAGACGGUGAAAAGCGCCCAGUCAUGGCCAACUCCAUUGGUGGACUUCGCGCAACCGCAGGAAGGCGUGCAAUUGCCUCAAUUAUUGCUAGCUAACCUCAAUGCCAAUGGAUUCGAGAGACCGACACCCGUGCAGAUGCAAACGAUUCCUUGCGUGCUAGAGGGACACAAUAUAUUGGUGAGCGCCCCGACAGGAACAGGUAAGACGGCGUCGUAUUUGAUCCCAGCAAUCGCACAGAUCUUACACGCCAGAGACGAGAAGGAGGAGGUUCUGGUGUUGGUCUUGGCUCCUGUUCGAGAGCUGGCGAUCCAGAUUGAAACUGUGGCCAAGAUGUUGAUGCGGGGUAUAGCAGAUAUGAAGACUGCGCUCUUGGUGGGCGGUUUUCCCGUUCCGACGCAGCGCUAUCGGCUUCAAAGUGGCGUCCAACUGAUUGUGGCUACACCGGGUCGUUUUCUCGAUAUCUUUACGAACUACAGCGGAGGCGACGCCAUCUUGCCUGCUGUUCGCUUGUGCGUGAUCGACGAAGUCGACAUCAUGCUGGACGUGGGUUUUCGACCGCAGAUUUCUCAAAUGGUGGCUCUAUUAGCUGGAAAAGAUACCCAAUUCCUCUUCUUCAGCGCUACCGUUUCGGAUGAGGUUGAAGCUCUGGUUCGGCAGAUUCUGAAGCGUCCAAGCGACCGCUCUUAUACGCGUAUAGAUGUUCGUAUAGACGAUAGCGGAUCCAACCGAACACCGCGCUAUUCGCUGAAUCCAAGUGUGAGCCACGACGUUCGGUGGGCGGAGAAUAAAGCGAAAAAGAGCCAAUUAUUCGAGUUUUUGAAGGGGAAAGGCGAAGAAUCAACGCUUGUCUUUGUUGGCUCGAGAAUUGGCGCUACGAUGCUGGCCGAAGCCGUGGAAAAACGCUGUGGAGUCUGCGCAGCCGCCAUUCACGCGGAUAAAACGCAGCAAGAACGACUCAAGCUGCUUGAAUCGUUCGUGAACUUGGAGAUCCCCGUUCUCGUGUCCACGAACGUGCUGAGUCGUGGGAUGAAUUUACUAAACGUAGAGAACGUGGUCGUCUAUGACUUCCCCAAGAAGAUUGCAGACUACGUUCAUCUCAUUGGACGUACCGGACGUACGGAUGACGUAUCGGGGAAGGCUUUUACACUCGUGAAUCAGGACGACAGCUCCCUUUUUAGGGAACUUGUGCCUUUGUUGCGUCAUGUUAAAGUGUCCGUACCUCGAGAAGUUUAUCAAGUUAUCCAUUCAGAAGAUGCUAAGAAGCGUGCUCGCUCAAUUGAAGUCGUGGUGGAUGAAUCCAAGCGCGCUUUUCGUAUUCGGGAGCAGCUAAAGGACGGAAUAGGAUCCCAGACUUCGGACUGGAAGGAGUGGAAAUUUCCCAACAAACGGAGACGUACUGGACUGUAA